AUGGCUUCCUCUCUGCAUCCAAACCCAACCCACUUCCUCAAACUCAAACCCCUCACGCUCACAACCAACCGCACCGUAACCCACGUUUCCGUACGGUGCGGACCACGCGACAACCGUGGACCCUUGGUCAAGGGCCGGGUCCUCAGCAUCGAGGCCAUCCAAGCCGUCCAAGCCCUCAAACGGGCCCAAAGAUCCGACCCGACCCAAUUGCCCACUCUCGCAUCCAAGACCCUCUCGCGCCUAAUAAAAGCCGACCUCGUCGCCGCCCUCAGAGAGCUUCUACGGCAGGAACAGUGCCACCUGGCUCUCCAGGUCUUCUCCACCUUCCGAUCAGAAUACCCACCCGACUUGUCUGUUUACGCCGAGAUGGCAUUGGCGCUCGCGAGAAAUGGGAUGGCGGAGGAUAUGGACCGCUUGAUUUGUGUUCUAGAGAAAGAGAGUGGGGUCCAGUGGGAUAGUGACAAAGGAUUGAUAAGGUUGAUCAGGGCCGUUGUUACUGCGGAUAGGAGGGAAUCAACGGUCAAGAUUUAUGAGAUGUUGAAGAGGAAUGGAUGGGGGUCUAGUGAUUUUAAAGCGGACGAGUAUAUGGUUAGGGUUCUGAGUAAGGGGCUGAGGAGACUUGGGGAGGUUGGAUUGGCCGAUGAGGUUGAUAUGAAAUUUGGUAGCCCCAAUGAGGGUAAUUUGGAGAAAUUAAGUGUAUAA